AUGAUUGAUGUCCACAAAGAUAGAGCAAAGAAGGUCUUAAAGCAGAAAACUGGGGUUCAGGAGGUGGAGGUUGGGAAUAGAUUUGAUGUGUUGGAAGAUCAACAAGAUGGAAUUCCAAUUGUGGAUGUAGAGAUGGGAGAGUGUUCUAAUGGAAAUUUGGAGGUGGAAGGUGAAAAAGAGUUAAUUCAAGAGAGAGCUGAGAAUGGUAGUGCUUUUGUUCUGUUAAAUGAGGUGACUGUUCUUGAAGAGAUGGUACCUAAUAUGGGGGUUGAUAUUAGGAAUAGUGUGGAAGAGUUGCAAAAUGAUGAGAAUCCUGUUGUUUGUGCUCAGCUAAAUGAGAGUCCAGUUGAGCAGGAGAGGGGAGUCCCAAGAGAGGAUAUGUGGGNGAUUGAUGUCCACAAAGAUAGAGCAAAGAAGGUCUUAAAGCAGAAAACUGGGGUUCAGGAGGUGGAGGUUGGGAAUAGAUUUGAUGUGUUGGAAGAUCAACAAGAUGGAAUUCCAAUUGUGGAUGUAGAGAUGGGAGAGUGUUCUAAUGGAAAUUUGGAGGUGGAAGGUGAAAAAGAGUUAAUUCAAGAGAGAGCUGAGAAUGGUAGUGCUUUUGUUCUGUUAAAUGAGGUGACUGUUCUUGAAGAGAUGGUACCUAAUAUGGGGGUUGAUAUUAGGAAUAGUGUGGAAGAGUUGCAAAAUGAUGAGAAUCCUGUUGUUUGUGCUCAGCUAAAUGAGAGUCCAGUUGAGCAGGAGAGGGGAGUCCCAAGAGAGGUUGCUAAGACUCCUUUGGUUACACUAGGGGUGGUUGAUUCUUUUUAUAUGGAACAUCAGUAUGUCACUAGGAAGGGAUUGAAUUUGAUAGUGGAUGAUGAUAUAGGUUUGGAAAGGAGGACUGAUCCACCAGAUAUAGGCUAUAUGUCUGAUAUAGGUAGUGCUGACUAGGAAAGAUCCAGAAAUCUCAUGCAGGAGUUGGAAGAAGAUAAUUCUGAUUCUAAUGCUUUGAAUGUGGUUUCUAGUGAAGCUUCAAUUAGACUAAGGUUCA